AUGGUCAAUACUAGAUAUGAAACAAUUGUCAUCAAGAGAAGUCUUGUUUGCCGACAUUGGCUACCAUACCUCCCGCUUCAUUCCAGUUCAAUCCUUUCCAAUACACAUAGACCAAAAGCUAUGUUCAAAUCGGUGACGAUUGAUUCCACAAUCUUCGCUUUGUCUGCAAUUUUAAUGUACGGUCUAGACCACGUGGAGUCUGCCACUGCCAUCAAAUUUCCACUGUUAUCUGUACCUAAUGGAUACGCGCAAACAAUCAGCAUAGGAGGUGAUCAAGAGUUUACUGUAAUGGUUACCUUGCGCAAUUCUAUGUUUUGGGUACCAAGCAUAGACUGCAGGAGCUGUGGACGUAGACAUAAAUUUGACCCAUCCUUGUCUUCUUCUUUCAAACCGGACGGAACAAAGUGGGAACAUAAAUACUGGAUUGGGACAGUACGUGGUAUACUAGGAAACGACGAAAUAAAGGGCCGGAUUCGUCUUUGUUAUAACUGCACGUUUGGAAUGGCUAAAAAAAUGGAAAAUUUUGAAGAUCUGCACACAGACGGAAUGCUUGGACUUUCAGCUUCUACUGGCACACCAUUUUGCCGACCAUUUCUCUUCCAGACGUCUUACUCUUUUGUUAUCGACUUCGUUUCAAAUCCUAAAGGCGGAGCCGGUUAUGUGACAUAUGGAGACUCAGUUGGUUGCCCUUUUCAAGAAGAAAAAGUUUUGGAGUACGAUUAUUUGAGAGAAAGCUCCUACGAAUUUCAGGUUCAACUAGAAAUGGGAGACUUCAAGCCGUUCAGCUUAUCCGCAACUCCUGAACUAGUUCCAUAUAUUGCUGGUCCAUUAGCAAUUAUCGAAGGAAUCGCCAAUUGCGCAGGAGCUGAGUACAUCGACGGAUACUAUGAGGUUAGCUGCAAAGAUAUGGACACUAUACCAGAUCUGAUCAUCACUGAUUGGAUAACAUCCUUCCCUAUAACAUCGGAUAAGCUCAUCAGAAAGAUAGAAGGUAGAUGCAUACUUGCAUUGGCCGUUCAAUCCAGCAUUGGCUUUGGUCCUGAAAUUUACUUUGGUAGUCCGUUAUUUGAACAAUACUGCGUGCGCGUGGAUACCAAAACCAAAACUGUUGUAUUAGCUCGUGAUAAAGCUACGUCUAUAACAACUACUCUCUCAAGGACAUGCAAAUCUCGAACCAGCUCUACCGGCUUUCCUCCUAGUAGAUCCAGCAAAUCUCAAACCAGCUCUACCGGCUUUCCUCCUAGUAGAUCCAGCAAAUCUCGAACCAGCUCUACCGGCUUUCCUCCUAGUAGCUCCACUCAAAGCACAAACACAACAGAAGCAUUGGUCACAACUACAAAGAUAACAGCAUUUGACUCGUACAGAUAUCCUCUCGUUUUCUUAAUUCUUUCGCUCCUAUUCAUGUACUAAGAGG